UCUGCCUCGGCUCUUUGUUGUUCGCUUUGGAUGAGCUUUGGAAGUAACUGAGCGUCCUCUGAAACCCCGGAGGCAGCAGGAAACCGAACCCUGGAAUUCUUCCUUGGCAAAAGGGCUCCAAGACACACUGACGAGCGUCUCUCCGGAGAGGUCCACAAGUAACUGCCCCUGCAAACUCUGGGCGGAUUGACCCACGUUGCUUAUAUUAAGCCUUUGUGUGUAGGGUGUGUGGCUUCCUAAAUUUGGGGACCCAUUUCUCCUCGCUUCUCCUUGGCAUGAGACAGUACACAGGACCUACUCGAGGACAAUGAUCGCGGAGCCUGCUCACUUUUACCUCUUUGGAUUAAUAUGUCUCUGUUCAGGCUCCCGCCUUCGACAAGAAGAUUUUCCACCUCGAAUUGUUGAGCACCCUUCUGACCUCAUCGUCUCAAAAGGAGAACCUGCAACCUUGAACUGUAAAGCCGAAGGCCGCCCAACACCUACGAUUGAGUGGUACAAAGGGGGUGAGAGAGUGGAGACUGACAAAGAUGACCCUCGCUCACACCGCAUGCUGCUGCCAAGUGGAUCUUUAUUUUUCUUAAGAAUAGUACAUGGACGGAAAAGUAGGCCUGACGAAGGGGUCUAUGUCUGCGUUGCAAGGAAUUACCUUGGAGAGGCUGUGAGUCACAACGCAUCGCUGGAGGUAGCUAUACUACGGGAUGAUUUCAGACAAAACCCUUCCGAUGUCAUGGUGGCAGUAGGGGAGCCCGCGGUGAUGGAGUGCCAGCCUCCGCGUGGCCAUCCGGAGCCCACCAUCUCCUGGAAGAAGGAUGGUUCUCCUCUGGAUGAUAAAGACGAAAGAAUAACGAUACGAGGAGGAAAACUCAUGAUAACUUACACCCGUAAAAGCGAUGCCGGCAAAUAUGUUUGCGUUGGUACCAACAUGGUUGGAGAACGGGAGAGUGAGGUAGCAGAGCUAACUGUUUUAGAGAGACCAUCAUUUGUGAAGAGACCUAGCAACUUGGCGGUAACUGUGGAUGACAGUGCUGAGUUUAAAUGUGAGGCCCGUGGAGACCCUGUACCUACAGUACGAUGGAGGAAAGAUGAUGGGGAGCUGCCCAAAGCCAGAUAUGAAAUCCGCGAUGAUCAUACAUUGAAAAUUCGCAAGGUGAUGGCUAGUGACAUGGGAUCAUACACUUGUGUCGCAGAAAAUAUGGUUGGAAAAGCUGAAGCAUCCGCUACCCUGACAGUUCAAGUUGGGUCUGAACCUCCACAUUUUGUUGUGAAACCACGAGACCAGGUGGUGGCCUUGGGACGAACUGUGACUUUCCAAUGUGAAGCAACUGGCAAUCCUCAGCCAGCUAUAUUUUGGCGGAGAGAGGGAAGUCAGAACCUUCUCUUCUCAUACCAGCCCCCACAGUCUUCCAGUCGAUUUUCAGUGUCCCAGACUGGGGACCUCACCAUUACUAAUGUCCAGAGAUCAGAUGUCGGGUAUUACAUCUGCCAGACUCUAAAUGUUGCUGGAAGCAUCAUCACGAAAGCAUAUCUGGAAGUGACUGACGUGAUUGCAGACCGCCCUCCCCCAGUCAUUCGACAAGGUCCUGUGAACCAGACUGUAGCUGUGGAUGGAACUUUAGUGCUCAGCUGUGUGGCCACAGGCAGUCCAGUGCCCACAAUUCUGUGGAGAAAGGAUGGAGUCCUGGUUUCAACUCAAGAUUCUCGAAUCAAACAGCUGGAAACUGGAGUGUUACAGAUCCGAUAUGCUAAGCUGGGUGACACUGGCCGGUACACCUGCACCGCAUCAACCCCCAGUGGUGAAGCAACGUGGAGUGCUUACAUUGAAGUCCAAGAAUUUGGAGUUCCAGUUCAACCUCCAAGACCCACUGACCCCAAUUUAAUCCCCAGUGCCCCUUCUAAACCUGAAGUUACAGAUGUCAGCAGAAACACCGUAACUUUAUCAUGGCAACCAAAUUUAAAUUCAGGAGCAACACCAACGUCUUAUAUUAUAGAAGCCUUCAGCCAUGCCUCCGGUAGCAGCUGGCAGACUGUGGCUGAGAAUGUAAAAACAGAAACAUUUGCCGUCAAAGGACUCAAACCUAAUGCAAUUUACCUUUUCCUUGUGAGAGCAGCUAAUGCUUAUGGAAUUAGUGAUCCAAGCCAAAUAUCAGAUCCAGUGAAGACACAAGAUGUCCCACCAACAAGCCAAGGCGUGGACCACAAGCAGGUCCAGCGGGAACUGGGGAAUGUCGUCCUGCAUCUCCACAACCCGACCAUCCUCUCCUCUUCCGCCAUUGAAGUACACUGGACCGUGGACCAGCAGUCCCAGUACAUUCAAGGAUAUAAAAUCCUCUACCGGCCAUCUGGAGUCAGCCAUGGCGAGUCGGAGUGGUUAGUUUAUGAAGUGAGAACACCAACCAAAAACAGUGUAGUCAUCCCUGACCUCAGAAAGGGUGUCAACUAUGAAAUCAAAGCUCGCCCUUUCUUCAAUGAAUUUCAAGGAGCCGAUAGUGAAAUCAAAUUUGCCAAAACCUUAGAAGAAGCCCCAAGUGCCCCACCCCAGAGUGUAACUGUUGCAAAGAAUGAUGAAAAUGGAACUGCAAUCCUUGUCAGCUGGCGCCCACCUCCAGAAGAUACCCAGAAUGGAAUGGUCCAAGAAUAUAAGGUUUGGUGUCUGGGCAAUGAGACAAGAUACCAUAUAAACAAGACAGUAGAUGGCUCCACAUUUUCCGUGGUCAUUCCCUCCCUGGUUCCUGGGGUCCGAUACAGUGUAGAGGUGGCAGCCAGUACCGGGGCCGGGCCUGGAGUGAAGAGUGAGCCUCAGUUCAUCCAGUUAGAUUCUCAUGGAAACCCUGUGUCACCUGAGGAUCAGGUCAGCCUGGCUCAGCAGAUUUCCGAUGUGGUGAAGCAGCCAGCGUUCAUUGCGGGAAUCGGGGCAGCCUGCUGGAUCAUUCUCAUGGUCUUCAGCAUCUGGCUUUAUCGACACCGCAAGAAGAGGAAUGGACUCACCAGUACUUAUGCGGGUAUCCGAAAAGUAACUUAUCAGAGAGGAGGUGAAGCUGUGAGCAGUGGAGGGAGGCCAGGACUUCUGAACAUCAGCGAGCCUGCAGCACAGCCCUGGCUGGCAGACACGUGGCCCAACACGGGCAACAACCACAAUGACUGCUCCAUCAACUGCUGCACAUCUGGCACCGGGAACAGCGACAGCAACCUGACCACCUACAGUCGUCCAGCUGAUUGUAUAGCAAAUUAUAACAACCAACUGGAUAACAAACAAACAAAUCUGAUGCUCCCUGAGUCAACUGUUUAUGGUGAUGUGGACCUUAGUAACAAAAUCAAUGAGAUGAAAACCUUCAAUAGCCCAAAUCUGAAGGAUGGGCGUUUUGUCAAUCCAUCAGGGCAGCCCACUCCUUACGCCACCACCCAGCUCAUCCAGUCCAACCUCAGCCACAACAUGAACAAUGGCAGCGAGGAUUCGAGCGAGAAGCACUGGAAGCCACCUGGUCAGCAGAAGCCAGAAGUCGCCCCAAUUCAGUAUAACAUCAUUGAGCAAAACAAGCUGAACAAAGAUUAUCGAGCCAAUGAUGCAAUUCCACCAACUAUCCCAUACAACCAAACGUAUGACCAGAACACAGGAGGCUCCUACAACAGUUCAGAUCGAGGAAGUAGUACAUCUGGGAGUCAAGGGCACAAGAAAGGGGCACGAACACCCAAGGUACCAAAACAAGGAGGAAUGAACUGGGCAGACUUGCUUCCUCCCCCUCCAGCACAUCCUCCUCCACACAGCAACAGCGAAGAAUACAGUGUUUGUGUAGAUGAAAGCUAUGAACAAGAAAUGCCAUGCCCUGUACCACCAGCAAGGAUGUACUUGCAACAAGAUGAAUUAGAAGAGGAAGAAGAUGAAAGAGGCCCUACACCCCCUGUGCGAGGAGCAGCAUCUUCUCCAGCUGCUGUUUCCUACAGCCAUCAGUCCACUGCCACUUUGACCCCUUCCCCACAGGAGGAACUCCAGCCAAUGUUACAGGAUUGCCCAGAGGAGAUUGGCCAUGUGCAGCACCAACCAGAAAGGAGAAGACAGCCAGUGAGCCCUCCUCCACCACCAAGACCAAUUUCCCCACCACAUACCUAUGGCUACAUCUCUGGACCCCUGGUCUCAGACAUGGAUACGGAUGCACCAGAGGAGGAGGAAGAUGAAGCCGACAUGGAAGUUGCCAAAAUGCAAACUAGAAGGCUUUUAUUGCGUGGGCUGGAGCAGACCCCAGCCUCAAGUGUGGGCGACCUGGAAAGCUCUGUCACUGGGUCUAUGAUCAAUGGCUGGGGCUCAGCCUCAGAGGAGGACAACAUUUCCAGUGGGCGCUCCAGUGUUAGUUCUUCUGAUGGCUCCUUUUUCACCGAUGCUGAUUUCGCCCAGGCUGUUGCAGCAGCUGCAGAGUAUGCUGGUCUGAAAGUGGCACGGCGUCAAAUGCAGGAUGCUGCUGGCCGCCGGCAUCUUCACGCAUCUCAGUGUCCUAGGCCCACAAGUCCUGUGUCUACAGACAGCAACAUGAGUGCUGCUGUCAUGCACAAAGCCAGACCCACCAAGAAGCAAAAACACCAGCCCGGACACCUGCGUCGAGAAACCUACACAGACGAUCUUCCACCUCCUCCAGUGCCACCACCUGCUAUAAAAUCACCCACUGUCCAAUCCAAGGCACAGCUGGAGGUACGACCUGUCAUGGUGCCAAAACUCCCUUCCAUAGAAGCAAGAACAGACAGAUCAUCAGAUAGAAAAGGAGGCAGUUACAAGGGGAGAGAACUACUGGAUGGAAGACAAGUUGCCGAUUUGCGAACAAAUCCAGGUGACCUGAGAGAAGCACAGGAGCAGCAAAAUGAUGGGAAAGGACGAGGAAACAAGGCCAUAAAACGAGACCUUCCACCAGCAAAGACUCAUCUCAUCCAAGAGGAUAUUCUACCUUACUGCAGACCUACCUUUCCAACCUCAAAUAAUCCCAGAGAUCCCAGUUCCUCAAGCUCAAUGUCUUCAAGAGGAUCAGGAAACAGACAAAGAGAACAAGCAAAUGUAGGCCGAAGAAACAUUGCAGAAAUGCAAGUACUUGGUGGAUAUGAAAGAGAAGAAAAUAAUGAAGAAUUAGAGGAAACAGAAAGCUGAAGGCAACCAGAGAGGCUCACGUGAUCUAAUGUGAAUUAUCACUCAAGAUGCCUCAUGUCUGAUGACACGUGACACCAGAUAAAAUGUUCAGUGCAAUCAGAAUAUACAAGUUGUCAUUUUUAUUCCUCUUAUUGGGAUACCAUUUUUUAAAAAGUUUUAUUGGGUUUUUAUUGUUGCUGUAUGAUCCCUUCCUUUGAAGAACCUCCCUCUUCCUCACUGUUGGGACCAUUGAAAUUGACUUCCAGGAGUGGAAGUGUCUUGACUUCUUGCUUCAAUCAUCAGCCAGCAAGAAAGAACAGAGCAGUUCUUUUGCAUUUUGCCCCUGAGAUAUGGCAUUGCACUGCUUAUAUACCAAGCUAAUUUAUAGCAAAAUAUUGAUCAAAGAUACGAAGUUGAUGAAUCAACCUCAUGCCAAGGGCUCUCAAAGUAUAAUCUUUCUAUAACCAACUGCUAAUGCAAAUUGAAACAUACUUCAUUUUAACAUGACAUUAAUUCCAGUCUUUCCUACCACCCUUUUCUGGGAGAAAUAUAUAUAUAUAUAGCAAAUGCAGAACUACGAAUGAUUUGAAUGGGGUAGAACCUUUGUAAAUAUAUAUUCUUUGCAACUCCUAGUGGUACUUUAUUUUGUCUUCAUUUCAAUCAUUGAAGUAUAUUCUUACUGGAGAUAUACUUUUGGAUAAGUAGGGCUAAGCCAGUUGGAACUCUGGUUGUCUAGUCAUUGUCAUAAGUAAGCCUAGCAAAAACCUUGUUCUAUUUUUCAAUCAAGAAGCAAUUAUAAAUGCAUAUAACAGACAAAGGAAUGUUUGUAGUGACCAAGUAAGUAAGGACAUCCCUAUCUUAACUGGCCUAAAUUUCUUCUGGUAGUGUCAGUUCCACUUUCAGAAGUGCCACUUAAGGAAGUUCCUUUGAUUUUUGUUUUUGUAAUGCACUGUUUUUAAGCUUUUUUUUUUUUUUGGUUUUAAAAGCACAAUCACUAAACUUUAUUUGUAAACCAUUGUAACUAUUAACCUUUUUUGUCUUAUUGAAAAAAAAUGUUGAGAAGCGUUUUUAACCUGUUUUUGUUAAUGCUCUAUGUUUGUAUUUGGAAUAUUUGAAUGAUGACUGAUGGUGAAGUAAUGUGCAGACUCUAUUGUGGGCCAGGAACCAAAUGGUUCAUAUUUUUCCUGGACUUAAAAGAAAAAAAAAUUGGAAUUUGUGGUGGCCAAUGUUGAAAUGUUCAAGAUUUCCUGAUAAGCUCAACUAGAGGCAUUGCUUUGAAUUGCCAAAUGAUGCCCUCUGAUUGUAGAUUUUUAUGACUCCUUUUUUGUCAACAUAAAUUUUCAUUGACUUUAUAAUUGGUGCUAUUAAAAAAAGAAAAAUAAAGAAACAUUUAUUUGUACACAGGUAUCAGGCCUGACCCCACUGGAAAACAAAGCCAAACAACACUGAACACAAAGAAAAGGCUGGUAUUCACCAAAAACUAGAUGUGUUCAUUUAGAUAAUUUGAAAAAGUUCAAUAGAAAGGGUAUGCAGUCCUAAAAGACCAACCCAUGUGAUUAAUGUUUUCAUUAUGUUCAUGUAAGAAGCCUCUUAUUUUUAGCCAUAAUUUUGCAUACUGAAAAAUCCAAUAAUCAGAAAAGUAAUUUUGUCACAUUAUUUAUUAAAAAUGUUCUCAAAUACAU